AUGAAUUUCUUUAAAGGCAGAAGGUCUUCCCUCAACCUGACUGUCAAGACAUAUGCCCAAGAAGAAGUAAGCUUUCCUGCUGACCCCAAAAAGAAAGUCCGCGAAAUAUUCGACAAAGUGUGUAAUCUGCUAUCAGUUCGUGAAACAUGGUUCUUUGGAUUGACCUUCCUGGAAGAAGGUCAAAAGAACUGGCUCCGCGUAGACAAAGAGAUACGCACCGAACUGAAAAAGCAAAUCAACAAAAACAAACCGAACGAGUCAAUAGUGAUUUUCUUCUGCGUGAAGUUCUAUCCUGAAAAAGUAACAGAAGAAAUCGUGCUUCCUCUCACUCAAAACCUCUUCUAUCUUCAAAUAAAAGAUGAUUUCCUUAGCGGACGGCUUCACGUCGACCCGGAUAUCGCUCUUCUUUUGGCUGCGUUUAUCACUCAAGUCGAAAUUGGCGAUCUUGAGGAAUUUGACGAGUGUAGUUCACAGAUGCAAACGAAAUUUUCACUCUUCAUUGAGCAGCUGCAGUCAAGGAGCAUAGACAAGCUUCUUCCUGACGAUAUAGAUCGGCAGCUUAAAGAACAACAUGGAAACCCGGUGCAAUUGAUCUUCGAAGCUUUUCUUGAGAAUCGGGGGAUGACACCUGAAGACUCGAAGCUGGAAUUUUUAAAGGACGCUUCCAAGCGCAGCGGAAACUUUGGAAUUAUUUACUUCGAUGCCCAGCGUGACAAUAUGGAAUGUGAUCAAGUGCUAGGGAUCACGCCUCGCGGUAUCAACGUCUACAACCCAAAGAAUCUCAUUCAACAUGUCGAACAGUUCGAGUGGACAUCUAUCUCCGACCUCAAUUUCAAAGAGACUCGUUUUCUUAUUACGUCGGCGAAGAAAAAAGACGAAAAACGCGCAGAAGAAGUUGUUUUCAGAACGGAAUCAACGCAUAUUAGCCAAGUUAUACUUGAUUUAUGCAUAACAAAUCACGACAACUUCAUCCAGCGGUUGGAAGCCCCUUCAAUCGAACUUCAACAGAUGAAAGAAGCUGCGAAAGAAGAGAACGAACGUCGAAAAGAUGACAGACAGCAUUUACUGAGAGAGCGGCAAUUACGAAGAAAUAUCGAAACAGAGCUCGAUGAAGCUUCACGGGACCUGCAUAUUAUGAAGGCAGAGUCCGACAAGCUUCGUGAAGACAACGAAAAGCUCGAUAUUCUAGUGAAAAGUCUCAAGGAGGAGAUUGUCUUGCUCCAUUGCUCGAUAAGCGACAAAGAUUCCAAAAUCAAACAGCUUGAGAAGUACUCCCUGCAAAUUCACGAUGAAAUGAUCGAAAAAGAUCGUCAGCUGAUGAUAUUCCAGAAAGCGCUAUCGAGUCAGCAGUCUUAUCCGCCGCCGGUUGGCCAGCCAGCACAUCAUAAUCACUACAACGGCGAUCGUCGGGCACGAUCGCCAGAUUUUGUAUACAAGCAAAAUCCCCAUCAUUUUAAUCACAAGUCUGAUUCCUCUACUGGUUCGGAGGGAGUUUUGCGCCACAGUCCAGCGCAUUUAUAUAAUUUGGUACCCACAGAAUCUGCUUCUACCAUGCAAUUGACGGAAACACUUAAUUUUGUAAAUCAGAUGAAAGGGGAGAGCGACAAACUCUCUGCAGAAAUCAACGAUAUGCGUUUGCAAUCUGAAAAGACAUUCAAUGUCGUUCGUCAGGGACUGGAUGCCCAUACCAAACUCACAGAAUAUUAG